AUGUCGCGUAUAGUGGCCGUUUGCACAGCCGGUGUCUCGCAGACUGGCGCGCGGUGGCUCGUCGCAGUUUGGAGCCCGAGGCACCCCGCGAGCAGCCCCUCCGACGCCCGCGCAACCCGCCCUCCAGAUGCUCUCGCAGUCCGCAAUAGCGAAGCUUUAAUUGCGACUAAUCCGAUUCGACAUAUUGCUUUCGAAGAAUAA